UUUAAUAAGGUACAGGGUCCGUACGAUCGAGCGUCCAUACCUGUCUACGACUUGGUACGAAGUCGAACGGAGAUAGCCGAGGCAUGACGAAGGAUUCAAUUCAGCAACGUGCACCGCCGCCAACUUGUAUGCACCGUGCUCUCGCACCCAUCUCGAACAUACAUACGUAACUACAUACGUACAAUAUUUUAUAUACGUAUUUACUUCUUCUUCUUCUUCUUCUUCUUCUUCUUCUUCUUCUUCGUCUUCUUCGUCGUCGUCGUCGUCGUCGUCGUCGUCGUCGCUUACCUGUCAGCGCAUAUUUAAAGAUUUCGCGAUCGUGACACUCGACAUCUUUAAAUCUCGAUCUAAGUGUAGAUCGUUACGUGACUUAUAUAUCAGUUCAAUACGGUUUUGUUUCUAUCAAAACGAAAUAGUCAAUUUUUCACGAUAACAUUGAAAAGUGAAAAUCGUGAUGUUGUGUUGUUGCCGCGUUCAUUUAAGUUACAUUAGUCCAUAGUAUUCGCGAACAAUUCGAGUGUAACGACGAACGUCGCGGGUCGGAACUCGAUCGAAAACUCGACAUAUGUAUGUAUGUGUAUAUAUAUAUAUAUAUAUAAAACUAAGUAAGUAACGUAUAUAACGUAUAGUACGUAUGUAUGUAUAUAAAAAAAGUAUGUACAAAAGGAUGCAAAAUUAUCUUCUUGUAAAUCGAAACGCGUGCAACUUUCGUCGUGACGCUUGUUGAAUAUUGUAUGUAGAAAAAGUUGAAGGGAGAAAGGUGAAAGGAUCUUUUUUUUUCUUUUUCUUCUUUUUUUUUUUCUUUUCUUUUUCCUCUUUCUCUCUCUUUCUCUCUCUCUCGAAGAAGAAGAAGAAGACGAAGAAGAAAAAAUAACAUCGUAUCUUCAUUUAAAAGACAUCUCGGAGAACUCCUCGAAAUAUAAUGCAGGAAGCAAAGGAGUAUUACAGAUGCGCAGGAUAGAAUGAAUCGUCGGGAGGACCCGUUGUUGCGACAGCAUCGCAGCCGCUUGCUGCAACUCGCCGAAGCUACCAACAUCAAGCCCGGUCGUGGAAGCAGCAAGAGACGCGGUCAAAGACAAUCCCAUGGAUUUUCACCAAGCAAUGGCGGCUCAAGUACAGGACGUGUUACACUUCAGGACAUCGUUAGAAGCGAUCCAGGUUACACGCCUAACAUAGAACACUUAGUGUUCCCCGAACGAAAGAGCAGUAAUCCGAAUUUAUCUGGAAACACCGAUGGCUCGCCACCACCGGGUACAACCAAAUCGAAAUCCAAUGCUCCAACUUCUAGUAGAUCCAGACUCGUUGAGGUCUUUGCGAGACAUUACUCACGAGGAUCCUUGCAGGACAGUACGAUUACCUUGAGAAAGAAUCAUUUGAAUAGUACUUCGUUGGACAGUGGCAAUUUGGUACUAUAUCAACAACAACAACAGCAACAACAACAGCAGCAGCAGCAACAACAACAACAACAGCAGCAGCAGCAGCAGCAGCAGCAACAACAGCAGCAACAGCAACAACCACAGCAACAGCAGCAACAGCCACAACAACAACCGCAACAACAACAACAACAACAACAACAGCAACCGUCGGCUUCAACAACUUCCUCAGGGACAUCAUCGAGCGCCGUAGGUUCAACGGCAGGUUCAACGACAACAGGUUCGAUAGUGAGAAACACAGGACGACGUUGGCUUUUACAAAGUUCCCUAUCCUCGCGGCAACACUCGGCAGAUGAGGGCACACGUGGGCCCAGCAAUGUGGUGGGCGUAAUCGGAGGGCCCGUUUCGAGUUCGUCCUCGGGCCAGGCUCCUGCCCUCCCACCCCGCAGACUCAGUCCAGCAACCGACACCGGUGACAUCGGUAAUACGGCUACGCGUGUUGACAGAGGUCCGAAUUUAUCGAUCGUGCAUCUCUGCAACGCGUCGGAUCCUUGGGAGGUCGGUUCGCAAGGAUCAGCCUAUAGCGUAAGCAGUAACAAGAGUCAAAUAAAUUCAAGAGGCAAGCCAUCGAGCAGCGGUAGCAAUCGUGGCUCCUACACACGUGGUAGUUCGAUUCCUUCGUUGAAACGUCACGAUACGUCGUCGUCGACGUCAAGUUUGAAGCAACAUCGUCAGGAGAGCCAUGGUCAGGUAUCGAAUUCCCGUCGUCGAGAAGCCGCUAAUGCCUUCUUAUCGGGCACCGCUGGGACCUCGGGAGAGCUCUUCAUCAGUGGUAAUUGCAGCCGAGAAUUGUCGCCUGUUAGAUGGUGCGACAGAGAGGUCGACGGAGUUUACCUCGGUCGUUCUGGUUGGGUCCAAGUACAACAGAGAUCAUUGGACGAGAAUCGGAGAAUAAAUUACGAGAGCAGCUUGUCCGGAAGCACCGGUGGUAAUCUCUCUUUACCGAGAAGGACUGCCGUUAAAUUGGCCGACUAUCAUUGCAGUAACAGCGAGCCAGGAAAGUGUCCCCAAGAUUUCUCUUCGAGGUUGGACAGUCAAAGACCGGAUUAUCUCGCUUUGCAUGGUCAAGAUUACGAGUCAUGUGGUACAAGUGCUUGCACGUCUCCCCGUAGUAUACCAGAAUCCUUUUCACCACCCUCGAUAACUCCCAUCAUUUCGCCACCGCCUGCUUUUCAAGACGCCGUCGCUAAGAGAUCCUCCUCAAGGCAUAUCGCUACACGUAGUAAUUACGGGAAAGCACCGUUCCUGCCAAGAUCCAACGCAAUCGACACCGAUAUCAUCAGUCCACCUCCUUCGCCACCUCAAACCAAUUGGAGUUCCUUGCCAUCCUCUUCGAGGAAAUCCGCGAAUGCACCGUCCAGGCGUAGAUUAAACGCAACAUUAGCAGGUACCAGUCAGCAACAACAACAACAACAACAACAACAACAACAACAACAACAACAACAGCAACAACACUAUCGAAUGGCGCAAGCUAAAUCUUUGGAGGAUCAGUCGUCCUCUAGAAGAUCUCAGUUUGUCCAAAGAUAUUUGGAAUCCUCGUCAUCGUCCUCCUCGUCCAUGGGCUUCAGAAGUUUGGACAGUUGCGUGACGAGAUCAGCGAUGCCCAGGUUAGCCGAGAACACGGAUUCAUCGGUCGAAGGAUACGAGGACGGCGACGAGGAUGAUAAUCCUAGUUCGUCGUUAAAUCUUAGCUUAGUAUCCUCACCUGUAGCUGCAUUGAAUUCGUCGACGGAAUCUAUAAGAGCUAACGGCGAAAGAAUCUCACCGUCUAACAGGCAAACUCGUCAUCAUGGAAGGACCCAACAAGGGCUCAGAAGAUCUCCGGGAUCUUCCGAGUCUGGUAAACAAUUGUCAUUUAAUUCUCCUACCUCUUCCUCGUCUUCGAGCAGCAUCGAGAGACAAGGACGGUCGCCCACUCCUAAUCACUUUAGACGUGGAAAUGCAUCGAGGCAGCAUCAGAGUGCGAGAACCAGUCAGGCAUCUCCAGACUCUCUACAAUCUAGAGUGAGAAGAUCCAGGAGUUUACAACUUCCGGAGAAGAGAUCACCGAGCGCGGCUCCUCAAACAAUUAGAGAUCAUUCCCGAGAAUCUAACGAGUCUCAUCGAAUGAUAAUCAAAUUAUCAAACGAGCGAGGAAACGAGAGAAGCAAACGUUACACUUUACAGAACAGAAAAGUUCAAUCGACGGAUGAUGCCCUUAACGAGGAGUUGUUUCGCGAGGCCGAAGCUGUCACGGAAUAUCUAUAUGGUACUCGAAGUCGUGCGAUAACACGAAACUUUCUAACUAGUCGAUACGAACGCCAUGAUGAACGUCGAGACGAUGGCCAAGAACAGAGACGUGCCAAUCAAACGACCUACGACGUCUACUUCAUAUCUUCGAAACAACAGCCAUCUCAAAAGAGCAAUAACACCUCGAUGCAACAGCAACAGCAACAACAACAACCACAACAACAGCAGCAGCAGCAGCAGCAGCAGCAACAACAACAACAACAACAACAACAACAACAACAGCAAAGUAGAAGACCUAGGACUCUUCAACGAGGUGCCACUACACCGAACGCCAAUCCAACUUGUUCGAGUCAAGAUUUUUCUGUUAGUCCUGACACGAAGUUACGUUGUAACAGCAGUACUUGCGAUUUCUGGCCGCAUUGCUCUCAAAGAAAUACACUUUACUCGCCUAAUCAAGCGCCUGUCUUCAUGAAAGUAUCUCAGAGUUAUCCGGCACAUCAGAGAUUGUCAAUGGACACUGGUACUCAUGUGAAUCGUGGUAGCGCAUGUUCCUCGCCUGCUUCUUUGGAAAGAAUGGACGAUCGUGAUUAUAGGGAACGAGAAACUACGAGAAAGAGUAGGACCAGUCGGGAACAACAGAAUAAUUUGAAUGUUCAAAGAUAUCAAGAUAGACCGCCAAAGAGUGUGUUGAAGCAGCCCAAUCGGUGGUCACCUAUGGAGGAAGGCAAUCCUAACGGUAGUUUAGACAAGAGAGGAGAUCGUCAUCGUGUUUACAAAAAAUCUGAACUCGUCGGUAGCUUCGAAAUGUGUGAUAAAGAAAGAAAAGUGUCGCCGGUUCAAGGUGGUAAAAAUUUGAAUAGGUCACCAAGCGGUCAAGUGGCUUCGCCCUCGAGCACGUCAUCAUCUUCGAGCAGUGACAUUUGGGUAACUACCUCGGAUCGUACAGUGACGAAGAGCCCAAGAAACGCAAAAAGUUCGGGCACGUCUACGCCUAUGGAUGACGCGGUGAUCGGUUCUCUGAAAACGUUGAUGGUACCACCGAAAGAUGGAAUGUUGUCCAGACCUGGAAGUGCACCGACCAGAGGAGAGGAUUCGUUGACCAGCGACGUGUCCUUGGAUCCACAUCAGCGCUCUCUAUCUUUACCAAAAUCAUUCUUGACACAUAACACCGAUAGCAAUAAUGCAACAAGCGGCAAAUCAGGAUCAUGGCAACGUGUACAGGAUUCUCAACGAUCAAGUCCAAAUCCAAGCGGUGCUCAUUCCGCACAGGAUAUGGCCACGCCUCAUACUGCUCCCGUUUCCCCACUUCACGAUCAGUAUACUGGUCACGGUAGAAAGGAUCGAAGACGAAUGCCUGGAAUCAGCAAAACUCAACGACGUAUCAAAGCAUCCAGCACUCCGGCCUUGCUCGAUCGAGAUCACGAAAGUCGACAGUGGUCAGGUGAUGAAGAAAGUGAUGGGACGCGUAGGACUGAACAUCCUCUAACGGAGGCAACGAUACCUUUGGUCACUCACUCUCGUCUUCAAGACCCUUUGUCCUUGGGUUCGUCGAACGUGAUCGCCGCUUCAGGUGCUCCAGGACAAAAUUCUCACCGUUCUAAUGCACCUCAGAGUCAACAGGAAAGCGUAUUGCAAAAAUUUCGAAAGAGCUUCUCUCUGAGAUUUCACAAAAAGGGCAGUAAAGAAAGUACAGAAGGUGAAUGUCCUACGGAGGAGAAUGAAAGGACAACUGGCCAGUUAGGAGAAGAGGAAGAAAGGGAAACGUCGGCCGUUUUGUCAUCUGAACAAAGCUCGCAGCACAAGGACGAUCCUGGCAAUGAUCAAAAAUUUCGAUUUGGUCCUUUAGUAUGGAGGAGCAGUAAGGAAAGGAAAAAGAGUAACAAGGCAGCGCGUAAUGCAAAAUGCAAUAGCGGAGAUAGUGGAAUACAAAUAGAGAUGGUAUCUGGUGGAGCGUUGACUGUGGGCAGUAGUGGCGGAACGAUGGGGGGUGGCGAUAGCUCCGAAUCCCACGACACAGACGUCCAAGAUGAAACGGACAGCCCUCCGGCCCUUCGUAGGCGAGUUGCCGAUAAAUCACGACCCCAGUCCGAGCUCAUCAACCAGAUACUGAUAGACAAGUUUAAGGCGGACUUACAGAGUCGCGCAUCGAGACAUCAGCACGUACGUAGGACUAAUAGCGACCUUGGUGGACAGAGAUUACUCCAAUGGGACACCAGAUCAGGAUAUAGUCAUAUUCACAAUUAUCGAAGGAUGCUCUCGACGCCAUCACCGAUCAAGAGCAGACCACCGAGGCUAAGCCCGAGACACUCUUCCCAUGACAUCGUUACGCUGAGAAGUAACGCGAAAGGGAGGAGUUCUCGGACAAAUUUGAGGCGCUCACUUAGUCAACCACUGGGUAUCAAUCAGCUUUCACCCUUGAUGCGCACCAAAACUGCAGGGGCGAGAUUACCCGGUGGAAAUGUCCUGUCCGAGGACGAACAGGAUGGUAGAGGUGGUGGUACCUCAGAUGACGAGAUGAUGUCCGAUUCCGAAUCAUCCAUCGCCUCGCUCACGGACAGAAAGAAGUCUUUCGAGCAGACAAUGGACGAGGAGGUGGUAAUCCUGGCCGAGGCUGUUUGGGAUCACGUAGCAAUGGAACCGGAGGAAUUGGCCUUUCGAGCUGGUGACCUCAUCGAUGUUCUCGACACGAUCGACAAGGAUUGGUGGUGGGGUAGCUGCGGAGGUGAACGUGGCUGGUUUCCUGCUGCUUUCGUUAGGUUGCGGGUAAGUCAAGAAGACACUGUCGAAGAUUGUUUGGCCGCAAUAGCCUCCGGAGGUACGUCGAACUCCCAAAGAAGACGCACAAGCGUGUCGUUGCUAUCGAACGAACAGGUCAGGACGAGCGUAGUUCGUGAAUUGGUCCAAACCGAGAGAGACUUUGUUAAGGUUUUAAGGGACGUUACCGAAGGUUAUAUAGCGGAAUGUCGAAGACGUACCGACAUGUUCAAUGAAGAACAAAUAGAAACGAUCUUUAUCAAUAUCGAAGAACUUCUAGACUUUCAAUCAGAAUUCUUAAAGGAUUUGGAAUCUCGUAUUGAUUGGAAUUCACCGCACAAGAGCUGCGUUGGCGAGUGUUUCCUCAAACACAGAGCAGGCUUUCGAAUGUAUUCUGAAUAUUGCAACAGCCAUCCAAUGGCAACCGCCACACUGCAGGAACUUUAUCAGCACAAUCGUUAUAGCAAGUUUUUCGAGGCUUGUAGACUGAUGCGUGGUCUGAUAGAGAUACCUUUGGAUGGAUACUUGCUUACGCCGGUUCAACGGAUAUGCAAGUAUCCCCUGCAGUUGGCGGAGUUGUUAAAAUACACGAAAGCGGACCAUCCAGAUUAUCAUAAAAUUCAAGAAGCUUUGGAAGCGAUGCGAGGCGUUGCUGUAUUGAUUAACGAAAGAAAAAGACGGAUGGAAAGUCUAGAAAAGUUGGCUGCUUGGCAACUCAGGGUCGAAGGAUGGGAGGGCGAAGAUCUCAUAGAAGUAUCUUCUCAACUGAUUUAUCAAGGUGAAGCUAUGCGAGUAACCACUGGCAUGUGGACAAACAACAUCACGCUUUUCCUCUUCGAUCAUCAGCUCGUCUAUUGUAAGAAAGAUAUUUUGAAACGUAACACUUACGUUUACAAGGGUCGUAUUUAUCUCGAUACAAGCGAAGUCAUCGACGUGCCGGAUGGAAAAGAUCAUCAGUUGGGUGUUACGGUCAGGCAUUGUCUGAAAGUUUAUAGCUGCGUACGAGACAAAUGGUUGUUGUUCUGUUGUCGUACAGCCGAAGAGAAACGUCGUUGGUUGGUAGCAAUGGCCGAAGAACGACGACUAGUAGCUCAAGAUAGGAACGAUGGACUGGAAUUUCCAGCUGCUGCUCGGCAACUCGCCAGAUUGGCGGCUACCAGACAGCGUAACAGGCCACCCGUAAAACCUCGCAGCAAAUCGUAUAAGAGAGAGCCAACGUACGACGUGUCAAACGUAGUAACGCAAGGAACAACGAAUUCAUUGGGCCGUAAAGUCGGUACAUGGUUUACGUUCGGUAGCAGCAAGAAAAGUGCACGACCUCAACCGUCCUGAGACAGGCCCACCUUCGUUCCGUACAUCGAUUUGUAAAGACACUUCAACGUGAACAAGCGCUCGAUCGUACUUCCACGAUCGUGAAUUCUAACGAUCUGAUGAAGACAUCAUUAUCAGCGCUCAUCGAAUGUACGGUACGAAGGUACGUCAAAUUUUUUUUUAUCGUUCGUCCUGCUGUACUAUGAUAUAGAUAAUACAUACGUAUAAAAGAGAAGAAAAUCAAAGUACAGCUGCGAUGUAAAAUAAGAUUAGCUCGUAUAUAAACAUCUUGAAAUGUAGUGAAAUUACAUGAUUGUUGUUCUGCAUCAAACUAUUAUUCUACGAUUCCGAAGAGAAAAAAAAAGAAAAAGAAAAAAGAAAAAAAGAAAACUAACAGCAGAUCUAUUAUGUCAACGAUCCUUUCGUUCACUGCCUCGCUGAAUAAGAACGUGUUUCGACAAGCACCGCCGCGCUAACUUCGCUCCCUAAAAACUAUUCCUUUGAUCUCUCCGAUGAAACGCACUUCGCUUUUAAAAAAAAAAUAAAAAAAAAUAAUAAUAAUAAUAAUAAUAAUAAUUUAAAAAAGUCCGAUAUAUAUAUAUAUAUAUAUAUACAUACAUAUAUCUUAACUGUACAUUAAAGUUCUUGAUCGAGCCAAAGCAGAUAAAUAUGAAAGAUUCUUCUAAUUGGACGUGUUGGUCGUUUGGAAGAAGUAUUGUCGGAGGAGAAAUGUAAUAAGCUAGAGGGAUAAGAAUAUCAUUUAGCGAUAGUUAGUAAAUGUAUAAAAAUGAAAUAGUAUGCUUUUGAAAUACUAAAGGGAAAGUACUAGUCACUUGUAUCUGCGAACUGUAAUAAUGACAAUGAUCAAUGUUAAUCUUCUUCAAUACGUGGAAUGGCUUUAUACGAAUGCAUUUAGAAUGAACGUUGAGCAAUCUAUUUUUUUUUUUUUUUCCUUUUAAUAAUCGAAAGACUGAUGAAUAUGAUACGCGCGCUUGUAUAGGAGAAAAUAAUUAUUGCGGAACAUGAUUAAAGGGUCUUUCGUAAAUGACAUCUCAAAUGGGCUCCUUCGUAACUUUUAUUACCUCCUCAUUAAAUUUAAUACUUUGUUAUUCCACGUGAACUCUGUAAUUAUGAUAAUUAAUACUCAUAAUAGUUUUUCCAACGAUUGAAUUAAUUUUAACAAUGCUACAAUUUAUGUACGUUUUCGUGGCAUAACAAAGUGACACUUUGUUUGAUGAAAACCUGAGUAUAAAGGCAAAAGAAAAAAAAAAAAAAGAAUAUACAUAUAUUUAUCACUGGGUAUGUAAAUAUAGUACGCAUAUCAAAGCCCUCGUCGUUACACGAAGACCAUCUAAGAAAUCUGCACGUUUUUUUUCUAAUCUUGUACAGAACGCGAGGAUUCGUAAUAGAAGAAAAUCGAUUGAACGGUAAAGAAUGAAUUUUGAGAUGAAACGUCUCCCUAAAUGAAAUUUCUUCAAAUUCGACGCGCGAAAGUUCGAAAUUUAAAGGGGGGAAAAAAAAAAAGAAAAAAAAAGAAAAAAUGGAAAAAAAGAGAAAUAAAAGAAAAGUGAAAAAAAAAACAAAAAAAGAAAAAUUACGAAAUAAUAAACAAAAAAUAAAGAUUUGCUCUCACCGAUCGAAAGUUCUCAACACUGCCAAUAUGUUUGAAGAAACAUCUUUGUUCGAUCAAUUUCUACACAUGUCUGCUUUGAUAAACUAAAAA